UGCCCGGCGGGCGCGCGGCCCGUCUGCACGGCCCGGGCGGGCCUGCGGUCGGGGAUGGGACUGCGCUCCGCGCUGCAGAGCGCUCGUCUGUGUCCGCCAGCGCGCCGAGCGGAGCGGGGCCCUCGGAGCGGGAGCCAAGAAAUCCUCAUUCCUCAGGAAGCUGUGCGGCGACUCAGCUGAGGGCCCGACUCCCCAGGCUCCACUCAGGACUAUGAGAGCAGGCUUCUCGAGGGCCCCCCAAGGGGCAAGGAUGGCUGCCCAGCCCACUCCCUGCGGACCCCUUCGGACAACCACAUCCUCCUAGCGCCCAGACAGAGGGGCCAUGCCUGGGGAGCAGCCCCGCGGAGCGCUACCCCCAGCAAUGACCGGAGGCCUGCAGCCCUGCCAAACGGCCAGUGGCAUGGCCAGUGGCACGGCUACCCAGCCCCCCAGCGAGGAUGGUGCCCCGGCCAGCAGGACCACCAAGGCCACAAGGGAGGUGGGCAGCGGGGCCCAGGCCGUGGAGCCCCCUGAUACCCAGCCUCAGCAGGCUAGGGAGGUGGAGCCCCAGGCCCCAGUCCCGAGAACCCAGCCCUUGAUCAACCCCCACGGAAAAGGCUGCAGCCCUCGGGCCCCACCAGGGAGGAGCCACACACAAGCUCCAACACGGCACACAGGCAGGGCCGAUGACAGCCCCCAGCAGCUCUACAGCCUGAGCAUCGUGGGCUCAAGAGCCAGACCACCCCUGGAUGCGACCCCUGAGGGCCUACAGUGUGAGGCCACCCAGCCCCCAGAGGCAGAGGCCCCACCUGCCCCAGAAGAGCUCAGCUUCCAAAGGUGCUUCCAGGAGACCCCCUCCAGCUUUACCUCCACCAAUUAUACCUCACCGAGCGCCACCCCUGGGCCCCCACCCCUCAGGGCCCCUCAGAGCAAUGACGCCAGCCCUGGCAGGCCAGCCUCUUACUCGGAAUUCCAGGCCAUCGGGGCCGAUGCCUGGCCGCCCACUGCUGAGAACAACUUCCCAGGUGCUAGUUUUGGGGUGCCCCCCACAGAGCCGGAGCCUUUUCCAGAAGGUGGCAGCCCCAGGGUGGCCUCCCUCCAGUUCCCCUUCCCAGCGCUGCACAGGGCUGGCCCAAAAUCCUUCCCAGAGGACUCAGCUGAGCCUGAGUACUCCGAGAGGGCACUAGUGUUUGCUUUCCACCAGCCUCGGGGAGCGUGGCCGGAGGAGGCAGUGGGCAUGGGUACAGCCUACCCCCUGCCUGCCCGGCCUGCUGCCCCACCGCCACCCUGCUACCCCAGCCAGCCCAGGGCCCUUGAUCCCCCCAAUGACCUUGGCCAUGCUCUCCCCUCCCCUGGUGCUGCUCGCCCAGUCCCCAGCCCCUUCUCGGAGAGCACAGCCACCUUCCCAGACAGUUUGCACAAGAGCCUGACCAAAGCCCUCCCUGAGAGACCACCUUCUGCCCACAAUGAGCUGGGGAGCCCCAGGGGGCCCCCAAACUCUCUGCCGCAGAGGCACUUUUCUGGGCAGGUGUAUGGAAGCCCCAGAGCCAGCAGGGUGGGCACCAGCCCUGGGUCUCUGGACACAGAGCUGGCUACCCCAGGGCCCCCGCCCACCAGACUGCCCCAGCUGUGGGAUCCCGCCACAGCCCCUUACCCCACACCUUCUCUGGGACCCCCCGCCACCCCCAGGAGUACAUUCUUUGAAGGCCAGCUCAGCCCAGGACAGCGUCUUGGCCUCCGCCAGAGUCCCCCACUGCCCUGGCCCCAGGUGCUCCCAGCCACCAGGCCCAGUCCCCAUCCAGUGGAGAUGCUGAGCCGGCUGCCUUUCCCCCCAGGGGCCCCAGAGUGGCAGGGGGGCAGCCAGGGAAACCUGGGUGCUGCCAGCAAGAAUCAAGGGCCAGGGGAGAAGCUGGCGGUGCUAAGAGACAGCCCAGGCCAGCAUAGUGGCAGCUCCCCAGGGCUAUUCACCUACAGUGGGCUGCAGGACUCCGGAGCCCAGGCCCUGUUCUUUGGGGUGGCCCAGCCCCAGGUCUCACCCCAAGGGACCCCUGGUCUGCCCCCACCCAGACUGGUGGGAGCCUCUCCCACUGAGUCCCCACUGCCCUCGCCUGCCACCAACACAGCUGGCAGCAGCACCUGCUCAUCACUGUCACCACUAUCUAGCAGCCCAGCCAACCCCAGCUCAGAGGAGAGCCAGCUCCCUGGCCCACUCGGGCCUUCUGCUUUCUUCCAUCCCCCCACUCAUCCCCAGGAGACCAGCAGCCCCUUCCCGUCCCCCAAGCCCUCACGCACUCUCCCCAUGCACUACCAGCCAGAGCCAGUCAAGGCCUUCCCUUUCCCCAGCGAGGGACUGGGGGCUGAGGGAGCCUUCAAAUGCCUAGAGGAAGCCCCGUUCCCCAGCACAGGUCCUGAGGUGGGCAGCAGGGGGCUGGAGGGCUUCCCCCCAGAGCCGCCCCCCUACUCUGCCCACCACUUCCCCCUCAGCAGCGCCAGCCUGGACCAGCUAGACGUUCUGCUAACCUGCAAGCAGUGUGACCGCAACUACAGCAGCCUGGCUGCCUUUCUGGAGCACCGGCAGUUUUGCAGCCUGCUCCUGGCCAGGACCAAGGAGGGCCACCGGCAGCCCUCGGGGCUCCCCACUCCCCCUGCCACCCUCUCUGUGCUGGCUGCUCCCAAAGCACCAGCCAGCGGGAACCCAAGCCUGCUCAGCCACACCAAGAUGGUCCCUUUCCUGCUAGGAGGGGACGUCCGGGUGGACAGCAAAGAUGACCCCCUGAGGACGAGUUUCCUGUCUGGCCUGGCUGCUGCCCCCUUCCCACUCCCGGCCUCAGACCUGGACCUGGAGGAUGACGCCAAGCUGGACAGCCUCAUCACGGAGGCGCUCAACGGCCUGGAGUACCAGUCAGACAACCCUGAGAUCGACAGCAGCUUCAUUGAUGUCUUCGCCGACGAGGAACCUUCUGGCCCCAGAGGUCCCAGUGCUGGGCAGCCCCCCAAGACCAGGGUGGGGGCCACACCAGAGAACAAAGCCCACCUCCCGCUCCCAGCUGUGGCUGCCCCGCUGGAACCCCAGGCCACUCACUCUGGAGACGGGAGCUUCCCAGCCUGCAACAGGCCCAAAACCCGCUCCCUGGGCCCAGUGUCUGUGGAGGCAGAUGGGGUCAGCCUGGCCAACCAGCAGAGGAGAGGGAAGCAGUUUAAGUUUUUCCGGAAAGAGCUGGACACAGGCAACACCGCCAAGAGGUCGGGCAGGAGAACCAGAGCCCCCUGCCUACGGCCCAGGAGGAAGGGCGACAGGGCUGAGCCAGCCCCACCACACCCCCAGGACCUCAGGCCCCAGGGCCCCAAGAGCCACACAGAUCCUGGUGGCCAGGCCCUCCCGGUGGAGACCAGGAGCUCUAAGCGCCUCCGACUGUCCCCCGGGAAGGAUUCCAGAAGGAGGAAGGCGCGGGGUGGCACCUGGAGCAAGGAGCUCAUCCACAAGAUUGUGCAACAGAAGAACCAGCUGCACAGGCGGCAGGUGCAGCGCGGCCAGGGCGGGCACGGCUCCCAGGCAGCCCAGAAGGCCGAGCCCAGCACCCUGGAUGGUGGACUCCAGGAGUACGACUACGCCUCGGAGUCCGAGGAGGAGGACGGCUUGCAGCCACGGGGCUCCCGCUUCAGAGGCCAGCCCCACCACAGCUGCCGGAGGUGGCACCGGGGUGAGAAGAGGAAGGAAGUGGACUUGACCCCAGGUCCCAGAGAGGAUCGAGAGCAGCAGAAAUCCAGGAAGGUCGUGAGGCAGGAAACCACAAAGCCAGGCAGGCCUUGUCCAGGCCCCAGUGAGAGCCCAGAGGUGCAGGGCCCACUGCAAAGCCCUGAGGCCAGGGCAGGCCCUCAGGAAAGAGGCCCCAAGCUUCUCCUGCAGGUUCUCACCAAGACCCCAGAGGAAAACCGUCCAUCACUAGACUUCUCCCAAGAGACCAAGAACCCUGAAAUUGCUGAAGAGUUUCCCCCUGAUACCACAAAGCUUCUCAGAGACGUUUCCAGCUCUCCUCUGGCCACCUGUGUGGAAGGAAAUCCCUGUCCCUCAGCCUCAGAGCAACCACAGCCGGGCAGAGAGGACACCAUGGUGCCCCAUAGGAGGUCACCAGCACCAGGUGCAGGCAGUCUACUGGGUGUCUCCCGGUGCACCGAAGCCCCCAUCUCUCAUGACACAGAGAACCCCCCUGCCUACAUGCCAGGACAAUUGCUGCUGCCUGUCACUGACACCACCACUGCCUACCCCGAGCCCAGCAUCCUGUUUCUAAAGACCCCUAAUCUUGGCUGUGACCCUGCUCUUUUUAAUGGAGACUCCGUGGUUCCAGCUACCAAAAAGGGGCCCCAGCCCUACAGCAGCCCCCCGAGCGAAUUACUCCUUGGACCCAAAGACCUGGCUGGCUGUUUCCGCGAAGACCUGUACUCCAAGCCCUUAGCUCCAGACACUGCGCCAGCCAGCAGUAUGCACCUUCACCGGGAUGGUGUGGACGCCAGUUCCCUCAAGCCAAAACCUCCCAAGAAUCCACCCUACACAGUUGACACAGACUCUGGAAAAGCCAAAUCGCCACUGACCUUGGAAUCCACGCCCCUCCUCUCGGGGCUGCCCAGAGAAGGCUUCCACCCACCGGUCUACAGCAGCCUAUCUGGAAAUGGGAACACCCACCCGUCAUCGGCAUGCACCGAACCUCCCCCAAGGAAACCCCAGCUGGACCCACCGUACCCCUCAUUUCUCCCUGAGAAGGGCUGGCCCCUGAUGGAGGAAGUAUCCCCGAUGCUGUCCAGCCAUCUGGGCCAUUUUCCUGAUCUCUCAGGGGGAAAGAAGUGUCCUCGUGAAGGGACAGUGGCAGCCAGCUCUUCCCCUUUGCCCGGCAAGGUUAGCGAAUGUAACGUCGCUUUUAUGAGCAACCUGUCUGAGGAUGAAUUAGAGAUCAAAAGAUUGGUCACCGAAUUAGAAAGUCAGCUGCAAAGUAAAGGGGUGCAUGAGGCGUCAGGAGAGCUGCGCAGAACUGAGCAGGCAGGCAGGAUGUGCUCAGGCACGGGUACCCCCCUGCCGGUCCACCAGGCCGCCUUGCCCGGCAAGGACACAUUCCCUGUAGCCGACUUCACUGGUCUUGGCAAAUUGAGUCCACACCAGGAAGGGGCAGAAACAGCCAUGGCCACCACAGAGGGGACUCUGGGGAGCCCCCGGGAGGAGUGGCCCUCAUUCCCCCCGGGAGAAGCUGCCCCUUUCCCCAGCACCCACAAAGACCGGGUUUCUGGGGCUCCUUUCAGCCCCACUGGGGCCAGCCUCAGUUUCCAGUCAGUGCAGAAUGCCAGAGUCUCCAGGACAGCGCUCUCCGAGGCAGAAGAGGGCUGUAGGGUACGCUCAGAAGCCUGUAUGCCCCACCCUGGAGAGCCACACACGCUCCUGUCGGAAAGGGGGAGUUUAGCAAAGUGCGGCUCAAACUGUGAGCCUUUACUUUCUAAAAAUAACAGGGCCACCAGACUCCGUCCCAGCGAAGACGUCCUGCUGCUCGUUCCCUGCACACAGAGAGGAGGGCUGUUCCCAGAAUCCCCCAAGUCACAGGGGCCCUGCCGAGAUGCCCCCAAGCUGAAAGUGCACGACAGCCCUGCUGCCCAUCUGGCACCUGACUUGGCAUGUCGGGGCGCUGGGGUUCUGCAUCUGGGUGCCCCUCCACCUUCUGGUACCAGUCAUACGGAUGCUCCCAAGGGAUAUUGUGUAAGCAGCACAGGCGGGCCUCUCCACCCUGCGGCGGGGGGCCUUGUCUCUGAAGGCAACAAGGAGUUUGUGCCAGCGGGAGCCUCCCCAAGUCCUGCUUGCAUGCCUGAUGCCAGUCCUGGCAAGAGGCCCCAAAGCCCAGCCACGAGCCCCCUACGUCAGCUCCAGCUCCUGGUGGCCAGAGCAUCUGAGAGCGAAGAUGACACCCGGGACUUACAGGGGCCCCCGCCUGCUGACACCCAGAGCCCUCACCAGAGCGACCCCUCAGAUCUGGAAAGGGACAGCAUGGAAGAUGAGAACGUGGCCUGCAGCCCCGCCAAAGGCUCUGAUAGGGUUGUGCAGAUGACAGCUGUCCCUGCAAUGGCCAGAUAUCAGCUGGGGCCAGAGGCAGAUGGACAGGCUCAGAAGCUCAAAGGCCCGGGCAAAGCCAGCCAGCUGCAUCCAGAUAACUGGGGGACCUUGGGGGGACCGGAUGACCUCGCCACAGUCAAUACCGACUCUAAAAGCACACUAGCCAGCCCAGCCAUGGCUGCAGACCAGCUAGGGGGGCAGCUCCAGGAAAGCGGGGCAGCCUUGGGCCCUCAGAACGAGGCACGGGCCACCCCAAGCCCCACUGCCUCUGAUGCAGAAUCUUUGGUCCCGGCCUUGGCAGCAGGCCACUCCCAGAAUGGGCCCGAGGACUGCACUCCAGAAGAGGCGACCUGCUCAGGGCUUAAGAAGCACGUGCUGCUCAUUGGGGAAAGCUCGGAAGCCCCCAUGAGGGCCUUAGCUGGCUAUGCCCCCUUGCCCACUUCUGUAGUCACCCCUGUUCCCUGCAGCCUUGAGCACCUGCUCCAGGAAGACCCUCCCACGGUGCCUUCAGGUGAGCUGAGGGGGCUACUCCCAGCUUCAUCCUGCGGAGACCCUAUCAGCCCAAAGCAUCUGCCAGCCUGUCCCUCUGCCUGGACAACUUCGAAAAGGGCUGAUUGCAUCCCAGCUCCCAAAGAUGCUGGGGCUGGUGGGGCCCUGGCAGCCCCCUCACCUUUAAGGACAAACCCCCGUGGCCUCAAGGAAAUCCUGGCUUGCCAUCCCGUCCUGGGGGAAUGCAGCCUCCUGGAAGACCCUCCCUCGGGCCAGCCGGGCUGUAUCAAUGUCUUCACUCCCGCGCAUGUUGGGGACCGCCCUGAAGGCUGCAUGUCACGAACCCUAGAGGGCUCCAGAAAAGAGAGGCCAAGGGGAUAUCCUGCCUGGGAUGACCGUCCUCCCCCAGUGAGGGCCAUCUCCCCAAGAGUGACCAUCAAGGCUGCUGCCCUACCCGGCAUUCCCACCACAGAUGGCAUGGGGGCAGUCAUAGGCCCCGGGGCUGAGUGGCCAGACGCUCACUGCAGGGGAGCCCGGCCACACACCAGCCCUGACAGGACACCCAAGGGCCCGUCCUCAGAAAGCCCAGGAAACAGGGAAGGCCAGAGCAUCACCACUAUGCCCUCUGACCUUUCCCACCAGGGGACCUCAGGGCGAGAGCCCCAGGCCUGCUGGGAAGAUGAGAUGGGGGCCAGCUCCCAAGGCCAUGAGGACUUGGAGACCCCUGGCAUUACAAAGGCCUCCGAAGCUGGCACUAGGGGCCCAACAGUCACCUGCCCUUAUGAAGAGCUCCACCCAGGCAGAGCUGCAUCUCUGAACAGCACGGCCAGCAACUCCAGACCCAAUUCCCCCCAGAGCCUCAGAAAUGUCCCCCACCAGAUGCCCCAGGGGGACCCUCUCUGUCCCCAGGACCCCAGACAGAAGCCUCGUGGCGUUACAAAGAGGCCCGUAUCCACUGAGAAUGGCCACUGGAAGGACCGAGGCCCUAGCGGGUGGCCUGUGACCUGCGAGAUCUGCUCGGCCACCUUCCGCUCCAGGCCAGGUUUAAACCGACACAGAGCCAGGAAGCAUGGGCUGCACAGAGGGGCCACCUCCCAGCUAAGUGCCCUCACCCGGCCCGCUCCCCAGCCUGGGGAGAUAGCAACCAAGAUGUGCCACCCUCCUGGAAAGAAAAACCGCAGGGCGCCUAGGAAAGAGAAACCAAAGCAAGGACUGAGUGGUCCCAGCCACGCUACUGGGUCACCUCCCGCCCAGGGUUCCACGGCUCCUGAGGACAUCCCAGGUCCUGAGAUGUCCAAGGGGCUUAGGCUCAACAUUCUGGGAACAUCAUGCUAUCCCCCGAGCCAGGAACCACACCCUCCAGGCCUGGUCAAGCAAGGGGUGAAUUUGAGGCCUGCAGAGCCCAGGAAACGGGACAGGCUGGAGAGGGACAAGCCCCAUCCCAAAGGGGCAGAGAGAGGAGGAGGCCAGAGGCGGGGCAGAGCGCCUGCGGACGUCCCCAGCGAGUCAGAGGGAAAAUCAAAUAAGAAAGUGAGAAAGCCAAGAGCAAGAAGGUUCCGGGAGGAGAGAGGUCCUCGAGUCUCUCCUGAUGUGAUUUCAGAUAGAAGCCACUGGAAUCCAUCAACUGCGAUUGCCAAUUACCCGGCCCCUCCAAGCCGCUGCCUCUCACCAGAGGCAGAGCGGGAGACCAGGGUCACGCAGCCGCCUCUCCUCGCGGCCACAGACGUGGAGGAGACACCCUCACAGAAGUCACCUGGGAACUGGGUGGCCCAUCCAGGGAGAAUGGAGGGGGCACCUUCUGGGGAAGGACCAGAGGGGCAGAAGUCAGCCUUGGCAAGGGGUGGCCAGGGACCCAGAGAGACCAGGACAUCAGGUAUCUACAGAGAGCCAUCACAGGCAGCUAGGAGUAAGCCUGCAGGGGACAGCACAGCAGCGGAUGGCGGGUCAGGGCACAAUGUUGGGGAGGCGCACCAGGCCCUGUCGGGACCCCCAGGCCCUCCCGAGACUCGUGGUUCUGAAGCAGCAGGCACCAUCAGCACUUGCCUCCGGGCCCCCCUGAACAACCCAGAAGACGGGAUCCAGGAGCGUGAGGGCAUCGCACCUGAAGCGCCCAGCCUAGAAGUCAGGGACCCUCACGCCUUGUUUGAUGACGAAGCUUCCUUCUCCCAGCUCUUUCCUCUGAGCAACCGCUUAACCCGGAAGAAGAACCCCCGAGUCUAUGGGAAGCGCUGUAAAAAGCCAAAACCCCUGCCACCACCAGAACCCAGUGGCGACUUCCAGGGCAGUGCCAGUCUGCCCUCCGCCCACCUGCCCACAGACCUCAGUGACUCGGGCUCCCUCUGCCUGUCCCAUGAGGACCCAUGGGGUGACGAGGCCACAGGCCUGCCCGAGUCCUUCCUGCUGGAGGGCUUUCUUAGCAGCAAGGUGCCUGGCAUUGACCCCUGGGCCCCUGGCCCCAACCUCUGGGCCCUGGAGCCUGACCCGGAGGCAGGCUAUGCAGCGCAGGGGCCCUCUGACGGCACAGAGGACCACACAUCAGAGAACAUCCCCGAGCUACACAUGGUCCCCGCAGCCUGGCGAGGCCUGGAGCUGCGGGCUUCCCCCAAUGAGACUGCCUCUUCUCUCGGAGAUGUGAGCCCCGAGCCCCCCAACCUGGAGCGAGAACACUAUGACUGUGGGCUCCCGGGGAACGCCAUGGAUCUGGAGAGGCUCAGUGCCAAACUGGAGAUGCAAGAUCUGUGCUUCCUGGGACGCUGCGAAGACCCUAUGGGUCUGCCUGGCAUGAGCUUCUUAGACUUCAAGGCCCCAGAAAACUCUCAGGGGCCACAGAGCAAAAGGACCGAGGAGGCAGCCGGGGCCGGAAGGGCCCCAGGCAGAGACCGCCAAGCCAAGGCUGGGAGGGUACCCUACAAGUGCAGGGUGUGCUUCCAGCGCUUCCACGGCCUGGGUGAGCUGGACCUCCACAAGCUGGCCCACAGCCCAUCACCACCCCCUACCUGCUACAUGUGUGUGGAGCGCAGGUUUGGCUCUCGUGAGCUGCUGCGGGAGCACCUGCAGGAGAAGCACGUGCAGGGCCGGGCGGGGCUGUGGUCCUGUGGUAUGUGCCUGAGGGAGGUGGCUGAUGUCUGGAUGUACAACGAGCACCUGCGGGAGCACGCCCUUCGGUUCGCCCGCAAGGGGCCGGUGCGGAGGUCCCUGGGGGACCCGCCUGGAUGCUGGGAGGGGGACAGCACUGUCACACACUUCCUGAGCAGCAUCAUGGGUCAGGCGUCCAAACCCCACAGGGGCAAGCGUUCAGCUGGUCAGGCAAAUGGGGGCCCCGCAGAGAGGGAGAGGGCAAAACCCAAGGCUCGUGCCAACAACUCAAACCUGGAUGGCUCCUUAAUGACAGACAGCGCCUUGGCCAACAGCAGCCCCUCCACCUGCGAAAACCCCACUCCGCCCAGCAGCUCUACCACUUUCCCCGACUCCACCAAGACAUGCCCCAGCCUGUCCCCUGACCCCUGCUCCAACCGCGAGACCCUCCUCCAUGCCAUCCCCGUACACCAGGACUGCAAGGACCCUUCCCGCGACUGCCACCACUGCGGGAAACGGUUCCCCAAGCCCUUCAAGCUGCAGCGCCACCUGGCGGUGCAUAGUCCACAGCGCGUCUUUCUGUGCCCCCAGUGCCCCCGGGUCUACCCUGAGCCCCGUGAGCUGCGCGCACACCUGGCCAGGGAGCACGAGGUUCGGGAGGAGCUGGAGCUGCAGCACACCCCACUAUAUGCCUGUGAGCUCUGCGCCAAUGUCACGCACAUCAGCAAGAGGUCUUUCGUCUGCAGCUCCUGCAACUACACAUUCACCAAGAAGGAGCAGUUCGACCGACACAUGGACAAACACCUUAGGAGGGGGCAGCAGCCCUUCACAUUCCGUGGGGUACGGAGACCGGGCACCCCUGGGCAGAAGGCCCCUGCCCGAGAGGGCACACUGCCCAACAAACGGCGCAGGGUGACCACACCCACCAGCACCCCUGGGCUGGUCAUGGACUGGCCUCUGUCCCUAGGCAGCGGCCCCGCCCUGAAUGAGGCAGCCCUCCCAGCCCUGCUCCAGCCCUGCCCAGAGGCGGCUCCCGGCAGCAUCAAGGGUCAGCCCAGGACCCCAGAGAGGCCCGUAGACUCUGUGGGCCACCUGGUCAGGGGGGACGAUCGGCCCUCUGACCCCCAGGAGCUCCUGCUCCCAUCUCUGUCUCCUUUUCCAGCAGCCUCAGCGGAUUGUAAAGAUGGCCACAAGCCAGACCAAGCCCCAAAGAGCCCCACAGAUGAGGCUUCCCCGGGCAGCCCAGUGCCUCUUCUCCAACAGGCUCUCCCGCUGGAGGAGUCUCUGCCCCGGCUGGGGGCCAGAGGCCAAGCCAUAGAGGAACAGAGGGCUGCUGGCCCGUUCUCAGGGAAAAACAGGACCCCGAGUACCCCGGGCAAAUGUGCCCCCGACCAUUGCCCAGAAGCCCCUUCCUUGCUCCGGAAGGAGAAGCAGGUGUCCACAUGCCAGAUGAUGCCUGAGGGGAGUAUAGAGGGCCCCUCCCACAAGGGUAGUGCCACCAAGCAUGGGGGCUGCCGGAGUUUUUCAAAGGACAGGCCAGCCUUAUCUACCCCCAGCAAAGUGCCCAAGUUCCCAGUGCAAUCGAAGAAGGCCAUGGCCAGCCCAACACCUGGAGAGCCAGCCUGUGGCACCGAGGACAAGCAGAAGCCCACAACCCUCAAAGCCAAGCUGGGUCCCAGCUCCCAGGGCAAUGGAGGCCCACGGCACAGCAGCAAGAUGGCAGGCGGUAGCCAGCCCCAACCAGCCAGUGGGCAGCUCCAAAGUGAGACAGCCACCACCCCAGCCAAACCCAACUGUCCAGGCCAGACUCCCGUCCCAGACAAGCCUCCUACUCGAGCCCCGGCCAAGGGCCACCCCAAGGCACCAAGGGAAGCUGGUGACCAGGGACCCCAAGGGAACCUGGGCCCCAGGGAGAAUGGAGAUGGCAAAGAGAAGAAGAGAAAGGGCCGGGCCCUGGGGCCAACCAGGAGAGAAAGUGGAACCUUGGGUAGAGCCCCUGUGGUCCCUGACAAACCCCCCCGGGCUCCCCGAAAGCAGGCUACUCCCAGCCGUGUGCUCCCCGCCAAGCCUAGGCCCAGUAGCCAGAACAGCACGACGCUGCCCCAGCCCUCGGAACAGCGGAAGGGGGAGCCUGGCCACCCGCAUCGGGACUUCAGACACAGCAAGGAUGGGCUGAGCAAGGCCUUCCCCCAGGCGAGACCCCUGCACAGGCCCCCCAAGAGGGCCAGAGCUGUCCACGGUGCUGAACCUGCCAACCCCCGCACCUGCUGGACAGCCGAAUCCCAGAGCGACCUCCUCAGCCAGCUCUUCGGACAGAGACUAACCAGCUUCAAGAUCCCUUUAAAAAAGGAUCCUUCUGAAUAAUUUAUAGGAGUGAGCGAGUGCAUGGGAGAAGGGCUGGGGUACGAACGCAACACGUGAGGGACUCCUAUCUACACUUUGUGAGCUUCAGUACCCCGAGAUAGUUCACUUGGUGGCCACAUCUUAAUCUACCUGGCUUCCCAUGCAGAUGCUCAGACUUUGGUGUUAGAGGUGAGGCUCUAAUGCUUUUGGCAAGGUCCAGGGGUGGAUAGACAACAAUCCCUUUCUAGCUGAAAGGUGACGGUGAGGGGCGGGCCAGCUGCAGCCUCUUUGAGAUCCUGCAGCUGUUUUCUCAGUAACAAGAACUUGAAGAAAGAGCAGCUCACACCCCGCACCCGGUGUACCCCCACUGUGGAUGCACAGUACACCACAGAACCCCCUUCUUUGAAGGUUUGCACAGGUGUCCUCCCCUCCAUGUCAUCUAGCAGGGAAGUACAUUGAGGUGGCCGCGGUCGGUCAGAUAGUGGCAGACUCCUCUUCGUCUUGUUGCUGCUGUAGCUGGAAUUCCAAAGUUGCUUUACAGAUCAAAUGGGGGUGGUGCAGCACUCUGCCUAGAAGAGUGUUUCGUGAGCUACCUGGCCCCCGGAGCAUAACCGGCCUUCUCUGAGCACACAUCGUGAUGGCCAGUGUCUGUGCCACCAACAGAAGCACUGCUCUGCAGUGCAUCCUGAACCCGGAGGGCCACGUUCCCAUCCGAACAGGGAGAAAGCCGCUCAUCAGCCAGUUCCCACGGGUCCCCCCUUCCCAUUCCCCAGAGCCCCCACCUCAACCAAGCCUCUGCGGUUGCCUUUCUAGAGCCUUCCUCCUACACGGAGCUCUUGGUUGCAAGUAUCAGCAAUUUAGCUCUGAAGUUUCUGGUGCUAUUUUCAUGUUGUAAUGUGAAUACAGGCUUCCUUGAUUUUUUACCUGGGGGAUUGGUUGGGGAGACAGGGUGGGUAGGCGCAAUGGGGGCUGCACGGAAGGCCCACAGGCACCAGCUGCCCCGAGAAGUCUUUCACUGGCUCCCCGGUGCCAGCAGGCUCCAGGCCCAGGGUUGCAGUCAGAGCAGCCGGCUGGGACACUCAGGGCCGGGGGUGGCGCUGCUGGCAUCUUAUGCACUGACGUGAGCCAAGGGUUGGUACACGUCCAUUUUACAGAAUCAUGUCUUUGAAGGGGGUAGGAGGGUGGGAGAAGCUUCCUUCUGUUCUUGGGUGUCUAAGGUUCAUGGUUUGUUUCCUUCUGUUUUUUUGGUUUGUUAUUUUUUUUUUCAUUUUUCCUUGGGUGCAAUGUGUAUGUUAAAAGUUUUUAUUUUGGUAUUUCGAAAGAGACCAAAUCUCCUUUCUGGAAAGUGUCGUGUGCCACUCAGAAUGCCUCUUUCGUGCUGAUAAAUAAAACAUGGGGGAACUCUGAGGCUAUACUGUACGAAUCACAGCAAAUUCAUCCUGUAAAAUAUAU